UUUUGGGGGCGUGGCCUGUUGGGGCAAAUCAGGAAGAGGGCUCUGAUUGGCUGCAGUGAACUAUCGCCCCGCCCCACUACAGUGACGAACGCGAAAGUAACAACAAAAAGUUGAAAAACAAAAAAUCAAGUGGAAGGCGACCAGCAGGCUGGAGGGAGCGGCGCGGCGCGGCGCAGAGGACCAGGCCGGAGUGAGCGCGUCCCGCAGCGGCAUGCGGCGGCCCGGGCAGCGCGGAUCAUGGCCGCACUGACCCGGGAUGGAUCCUGGCGGCAGCAGCCGGUCCGCGGCCUGGAGGGGCCACAUCGUCCAGCAGCUGAAGCACCGGGACCGGAUCCAGAGCGCCAUGUUCCAGGACCUGAUCCGGUUCUACACCGGGCUGCUGGACAGAACCAGUUUGACCAAAGGGCUCCUGGGCAGACCUCCCGCUGAGCGCCGCUCCUCUCUGCAGCAGCUGAAGAAAACGACAGGCGAGUUGGCCUACAAGGUGCUGGAGCUGCAGCAGCAGAUUGAAAUCAAAGAGCGCGUUCUGCAGGAACUGCAAGCCAGACUGCAGAAGGAGGACGGUCGGCUAGCCGAGGCGUCCGACGCUAAACGGGCUCUGAGGGAUGAGGUGGAGCAGGUCCGACAGAAGAACAAGGCGCUGAAGGCGGCGUACGAUGCGCUACUGCAGCGUCAGAGGGAGGCGGAGUCCAAACUCAGGGAAGAGAAGGAGAAGGAGGAGCGCGUCCUGGAGGACAUGAUGCACCAGAAGAAGCAGGCCGCCGCCCGCAUGAACCACCGCAACGAACGGCGCUCCAGAGCUCGACAGGCAACUGUGCAGAAGCAGCUGCAGACGGCUGCCAGGUCAAAGGUCAUCGAGGAGAGAGGGUUGUCUUCCAGCUCGUCCAGCGCUCCGACCUCCAGGUCCACGUCUCCAAAGCCGGAGGAUCAGGACAAGUCCGGCGGCCGAGGAGCGACUCGCCUCUUCAGGUCGGCGUCGGCCUCCUCGCCCAGGUUCUUCUCCUCCAUCAGAGAGAUGUUUGACAGGAAGAGAAGAGGUCACUCUGUCCGCAGCCUGGAGGAGCAUCUGCUGUUUCCCGUCGGAAUCUGUUUAUCAGCCAGAGUUCCUGUCAGACCGCUGCAAGUCCUGGAAGCCCAUGAGCAAGGCAUCAACGCGGUGCGGUUCAGCUUCAGCUCGGACCUGCUGGCCACCGGCGGGUCGGACCGGGUCAUCAAGCUGUGGGACGUCCAAGCAGGUUCCCUGACCCACAGAGCCACGCUGGACGGAAGCACGGAGGGGAUCACCUGUGUGGAGUUCGACCACAUGGGCCGCAGGAUCCUGGCGGCGUCGCACAACAAGUCCGCCCUGCUGUGGCGCCUGGACGACUCCGUCCCCAAGGUGACUCUGACGGGUCACAGCAGGAAGGUGACGGCGGCCAGGUUCACCUGCGUCCCCCACCAGGUGGUGACAGGAAGUACCGACCGCACCGUCCGGCUCUGGGACCUGAACAGAGCCGCCUGUGUCCAGCAGGGGGAGGUGGCGUCGUUCUGCAGCGACCUGGUCUGUUCUGACAGCAGCAUCAUCAGCGGACAUUUUGACUCCAAGAUCAGAGUCUGGGACAGCAGGGCGGUGAGCUGCGUUCAGGAGCUGCCCUCUCAGGGCAGAGUGACCUCUCUGGACCUGAGCUCUGACCGGCGCCAGCUGCUCAGCUGUUGCCGUGACGACGGCCUCCAGCUGCUGGACCUGCGCUGGACCAACGACCGGAUGUGCUUCAGAGCCGACGGCUUCAAAUGCGGCGGCGACAGCACCAAGGCGGUCAUCAGCCCAGACGGAUGCUACCUGGCGGCCGGAUCCGCCGACGGGGCCGUUUACAUCUGGAACGUCUCCACGGGGGGCCUGGAGGCCCGCCUCCCCGACCGCCACAGCUCGUCCGUCUCCGCCGUGUCCUGGUCUCUGUCCGGGGAACACUUCGUCAGCGUGGACCGGAGCCGCCGGGCCGUCCUCUGGAGCGACGUCUGACCUCUGACCCGCCGAUCAGAAGGGACUUCCUGUGGAGAUGAAGCAGCAGAUCCAGCAGCAGAUCCAGCAGCAGAUCCAGCAGCAGAUCCAGCAGCAGAUCCCGGCGUGACGACGGUUCGUUCCGUAAACAUUCCCUGAAAUGAUUCACAGAAAAAGGGAAGUUUGGAUUUUUAAAAUAUUUUCUAACAGACGUUUGGUGCAGUAACAGAUUGACAAGAGAUCGUUGAUCUUUACUAACCUUCAGCUUUUUAAACAUGGAAACCGUUAAACUCCCAGCAGGUUUUACUGACAUUGACAGAACGUGUUGAUUGGUCAGAAGCCAGCGGGUCAGACGGACAUCAGGAACCUUCACUGGACAGAUGUUCACACCUGGCCCUCCUCGAACUGUUCAAACUUGAAGAUGAGUGGAAAUCUGGCAGAAGAAUGUUUCGUCUUCUGCAGCACUUUACGAACAGAACCUUCAGAGGAACUAAAAGUUCCUCCGGAUUGAACUGGUUCUUUAAGGGAUAAAAAUGUCGGCGCAUCAGCCGGCGUUCAGGGUCACAGGGUCACAGUUUGCUCUGAAGGAAUCUGAUUGACAGCCAGAGCUGCAGGCGGGUACCAUGUGGUUCUCCUGAGAUCGGACCGGGUUACGACACGGUCAGACCGACUCACCAGCUGGAGACGACGAGGAGCAAAUUCUGAUUAAUUCCAGCUGCAAGAACCGGAUCAGGCCCGGAUCCGUCGCUUCCAGAAACCGUUGUUUUUGACUCAAAGGUGAUUUUAGCUGCCAACUGUCCUGGACUUUGACUGCAGUUUGUAUUCACAAACACUGGAUGGCGCUGCUAAGCAAGAAGCUCUGAGUCUCAGGAUGAGUCCUGCAGUUUCAUUUAUAGAAGAUAAAAGACAAAACUAUCUGUGGGUUUAAUGAGAUCAAAGCUCCUUUCGUGGAAAUGAGAACAAUUUAUCUCAGCUGUUUUAAUCAUGUUUAAUUAUAAAUAAGGAAAAUACAGAUUUAAUUAGUUUUAAAUUGUUUUUGCUGAGCGAAGACAUAAGAAAAGAAACAUUGUGUUGAUUAAAACGACUCCAAUGUUGGGGAAAUAAUAAAUUCUGCAGGAUGACGUCAGAAUUAACGGAGCUGACCGCCUCCCCCACGUCACAAACAAACAUGGCGCCGUUUGCUGCUUCCAUGUCUUUGUGGCAGCGCUACGGCGCCUCCCAGUGGCCAGGCAGACAUGUUACAUCAGGUUAUUCGGCGCCGCUGCAUCCUGUAAUUUCCAUUUUACACCGUUCGUCUUUGUGUUUACUGCGUCUAAAUUCAGCCGAUGAACCUUUAACUUACUGGAGCCUGCAGCGCCCCCUGCUGCUGGCUUUUAAAACUAAAUAGCUUUUUCUUUUACAAAAUAAUUUUGAGUUGUGCAGUUGCGGCCUCCUGCCAGCAGAGGGCACUGCGUUCAGCUCCCCCUGGUGGCUGAAACCGGUUCUGCUGGUUGUUUUACUCUGAAUCGUACCAGAACCUUCGGAUCGGAGCAGAACUGGACCUGGUUUGGGUUUCAUGAAGCUUCAACUCAAAGCUGAUUGGUUCUGCCGGUGCUGCAGAACAGGUUCUGGAUCUGGUUCAUAUCCGGAUACCAACCUUGGCUUGGAUCGGGUCGGUUCUACAGAACCAGGUCUGUGAAGGAAAACUUAACCCUCAUGGUCAAAUUGACCCGUUUUAAAGUUUAAAAACAUGUUAAAUAUAUUUUGCAUCAAACUUUUUCUAUUCGUCUUAAUUGGCCCAAAUUCCAUUUUUUAUGUCUAAAUGAGUAAAUAAGUCGUUGAUCAUCAUUGAUCUUUAAUCUGUGAGAAGUAAAAAAUCAUCAUUGCACAAAUAUUGAUUGAAAUGAUUGAUAUUGGAGUUAAUAAUCAGAUACAAAAUGUUUUGUAUGAUUAAACAAGUUAUUGCUGAACCUCAGAAACCAACAGAACAGGAGGGUUAAAAGGUUCUGUUCUGGACCCGGUUCUGUUCGGUUACAUUAUUUGUGUUUAUUAAACUGGAUCAGAACCGGCUGUGGAGAUCAGAACUGGUUCUUCAUCCGGUCUGGACUCUCAGAUUAAACGUCUCUGGUUCCGGUUCUGGUUCUGUCCACUCUGCUGAUGGUUCUGUUCUUGUGAUGUUUGGUUGAAAAGGGAAGAUGAUGUGAAAUAUUUGUGUUCUUGCUGCUCUGCCUUUUGUUCGGUUCUGUUCUGGUUUUAAGGGAACAUUUUGGAUCAUCUGGUUUUAUCCUUCAUUUAUUUAUACAGCUAAUUAACUGGGACUGUAUGGCAAGCUGUUUUCAACUUAAUGAGUCCUGAAAGGUGAAAGUUUCUCUGAAAUAGACAAAUAAAUCCGGAAUUUAACCCUCA